GCCAAUUUAGCAAACUUGUGCCAAUUGUCAUAUAUUGCAUUGUUUAACUAUUUGGAGGGUUGCUCUACCUUCACAGCUGUUCCACCCGCAUUUCCAAAGAGCCUGCUUUCUGUAAAUUGUGAUAUCACCUCGCAGACAUGGACGUAGGAGAGGUCGUGUACAGGCCUUUGAAGGAUUUUGCUAAGAACAGCGCGCGCCUUGUGAAGCGCUGCACCAAGCCAGAUCGUAAAGAGUUCAUGAAAGUUUGCUCACGGACUGCUGUUGGUUUCAUCGUAAUGGGGUUCAUCGGCUUCUUCGUGAAGUUGCUCUUCAUCCCUAUUAAUCAAGUGAUCAUGUCGUGAGAUCUCCCGGGCAGUACGUGGGAAUCCAAGGAAGUGUGCGCAACGCGCAUGGACUGACAAUGUACCAAGUAACAAAUCUACCGCUGCGGAUGCGGUUUGUGGUCUGUGCGGACUUCGCAACCGCGCCGCGGGGCACCUGCUCUCGAGGGUUUGCAAAUGGAGCAUCAUGGUCCUGCAAGGCACUGACGGAUGCAUCAUCGGACUUCGUAGAGACAUAGUCAAAGGGUAUAGCUAUUGGGAGUUCAACUAAGGUGCCGGCGGAGUUGGGGUGACGAAGGAUAAGGGAUGUGUUUUCCCCUUAUCGCCACUUUUUUGAAAGCCAUCAGUGCUUUGAUGCCAUGGAUGCGCUGGCGCGUGCAAUGGAUAUGUGUGUACUAUAUCCUGAAGAUGGCAAUGUGUGUUCAUCUGCUUAACACUAUUUGUUCGGCCCCGGGCUGUCGUAGCACAGCUCAUGCCUGUAAAUAUAAAGUGCAG